AUGCGCGGCGCCGUCCCGUCCCGCCCGGCGGCAAAACACAACGGGCGGGGCGGGGCGGGGCGGGGGGGAGAGGAGUCACCGCAGCCCGGCCUCGGCCCCCUCGCCCCCGCCGCAGCCCCCUCGGCCUCGCCGCAACCGUGGCUGCUGGAACAGUGUUUCCUUCCAAAGCCAAGCUGUUGUGACCAAAGCCUGGCCUUGCUCCGUGUCAUCGUCUCCACUCCAGAUCAUCUUCAUGGUGUUUUACUUUUGCACAGUCCUUUGUCGCCUGUGCUGAACAGCCCUGGAAGUACCUUAGCCAGAUGGCUCCACUUUGCUAAACAUUCCUGUCUUCCUUGUGAGCGCGAAACGACGACUGUGCAGCUGCAGAGAAAUGUGGUCUUUGGCCUUUCUCCCCUUGCGGUGCCUCUCUGGCAGGAGGGGAGGGCUUGGAAGGUGGAGGAGAGAGGAGGAAGAGGGAAUGUGUUCCUUUACUGCCGGCUUUUAAGACACCAAGCAGGAAAAGAUGAAAUCACCCCAGCUGCCCUCCCCUUUGGUGCAAAACCCCAGCAUCUGUGUUGUCUGAGACACAGAGCUACACUGAGAUGCGAGGAGAGGAGGAGAAAAGCUUUUCUUGUCUCCUUCCCUGUUUUUUUUUUAAUCUUGAAAUCCACCCCAGAGUGGAGCUUCGGGUCCUGCACAUUCCUUAACAGCCACGCUGCCUGCCUGACCAGGGUGGGCUCUUGUGAAAAUACCACGCCUAGGGAAAGCCACUGGGAUCAAAACUCACUGCUCCGUCUCCUCUCUCCUCCACCCCAUUUUUUGGGUGGGCUCGUGUCAUCUGCGUCUCCCUCCUUGUUCCCUCAGUGCUGCAAGCAGUGGGUGACACUGGCAGGAACCUGUGACCCGGCACCUUUGAGGGAGGAUGCACAGGAGAAAGGGAACAGUGCAGGACAGGGAAAUUCAGGGAUUCUUACUUCAGCGGAGGGCUGCUGUCAGAGUCCAACUGUGAUCGUGCAGAGCACUAUCAUCAUAAAAUACUUUUAAUAAAUACUAAGCAUUUUCAAUACCUUUCCUGCCCUC